CUGAUAAACAUAUAUAUUGAAUCUUUUAAUAUAAUAGUCUUCAAAUAUGGCCAGGCCAUCAAUAAACUCUCCGUCUAUGGCAGAGCUUGCUAAUAUGGUGAAAAACAGACGAAAAUCAACUCCCCCUGAAGCAGGAGUAGAAACAUCAUAUAGUAACGAUUCGCCUCCACAACUGCCAAUUUUCCAUCAUUCACAACCAGUAGGGAAUUCUGAUUCAAAUCAAAAGGCACAAAAUCUGCAGAAUAUAGACUCUAUUAGAAGAAAAUAUUCUGCUCAAAAUCAAACCCUUGCCAAAAAUAAUUCAGUAAUGUUGAGUAAAAUCACCACCAUGGAAUCAAAGAUUAGUGAAUUGAUAAAUGAAAACAUGGCUAUUAGAAGACAAAAAUCAAUGAAAGAAUUGGAAGUUAAAGAGAAACUAGAUCAGAAACUUCGUUCAAUAGAAGAUGGGUUAUAUGACAAAUUUGAUGAAAUGUUUCAAAUGUUUCGGACUUUUAGAGAACGAGAAGAUUUACCGAUUAAUACUAGAUUAGAAGUAUUCAAUGAUUCUAAGUUAGAAAGAUUACGAAGCGAGGCACCCAUGGACCUGCUAUUAUGCCUCAAGUCACCUGUAUUAAGUCCAAUAUCAAAAACAGAAAGAAGAAGAACGAUACAGAAAAGAGAUUCUGCCAAAAUUGCCAAAAAUGCAGUUGAAGUUAUUUCUGAUAUACCCAAGUUAUCAAAGAAAACAUUUAAUGUUUAUGAGGAGAAUUUAGAUGAAGAGAAAGAAAACGAAGAAGAUUUAUUUGAAAAUAAUGAAAUCAAAAAUAUAGAUAAGGAAGACAAAUAUGAGGAGGACGAGAAAGAAUCGGAUUUAAUAAAGGAUAAAUCAAUUGAACCAUCUGAUGAAGAAAUUCAACGUCGAAGACCACGUAGAAAUACUAAAGAAGUGGUAUAUACAGUCAAUUUGCGUAAAAAGAUGAGAAGAGAAAGUGAAGCACUUCUUACAGCUGUUGGAGAUGAAAUUGCCUUCUAUCCAAGAAAGAAUUCCAGACGAGAAUCCUCUAUUUCUCAAGAAAAUAUCCUUGAAACCAAACCUAAUGUGGGGAAGAUAAAGUCCAACGAAAGUACACAACAAGCUAGUCGUAAACCGUUGGGAAACGUUACUAAAUCGCUUAAUACUAAUAAAAUUCAAAAGAGUAUCGAAUCAUCCGAUUCACAGGAAGAUCCAGCAAUUUUUGAAUUCGAUAAUGAGGAACAUCCUCCAAGAACAUACAAAAGACGCAAGUCUUCGAUUCAAAGACGUGAUCCAAGAAGACAUAGUGUCCUUUGAGAAUAUUUCAUUACUAAUAAAACUAUUCUUCUUAAUUUCAUAAAUAUAUAUAUAUAUCUAUACAUAUUUUGUUUUAUAGUUUA